AUGGCCCCUAUCGCGUUACCUGCCUCCCAGAUAAAUGCCACAUCGUAUGACGAGCGAACAUACGGCGACAUAGCCAAUCAGGCAGAAGCUGUCCAUGGUGCCUUGGAGAGCCUGGGUGUCUGCGCCGGUGACAGACUGUGCCUCAUGGUCGACAAUCGCCUCGAGCUCCUGCCCAUGCUCGUGGGAGCAGCUUGUGCGAAUGUGGGUGUCGUCUACGAGACCCCGGGCUACGCUGUCGAGGUCCUCAUUGAAUGGAUGAAAAACAUUGAUUUCACUGCCAUCUGCUGUGAACUAAGCAACGUUGACUCAGCACUUGAACUGAAGCACGUCAUUGUAUUAGGCGAAGGUAAGAACCUACCAAGUGGCACAGAAGCCGCCGUGAUUUUGUGGAGCCAGCUGAUCAAGAUGGGCACCAAGGCGCGUCGUCUUUCAGCGCUCUCCGUCGAGUACCAAGCGAACCGAAUCUGCUACGUAGCCCCGACAAGCGGCACCGUGGGGAAGCCCAGGAUGGUCGUGCACUGCCACGAUUCCCUUGUUGCCAGUGUGCAGUCUAUCAGCCACCAGCAGCAUAUGGGUCUGACGGUGGAAGACGUGCUUCUGUGCACCAGCCCACUUGGUCAUGUGUACGCUUUGUUCGCCUGCGUGUGCAAAGCCAUCGUCCAGGGAGCCACGUGCGCCUUCCUGAAGAAGGCAGAGACAGAUGCACUUCUGGAAGCAAUUCAAAGGCUCAAGGUAUCCACGCUAAACACGGUGCCAUACCUAGCCCGCUGCCUUCUAGAACACCCGCAGCGCAGCCACUACGAUCUCAGCCAUUUACGGUACUUGGCAACUGCAACAACCUACAUCAGCGAAGAUGUCGCAAGGAGACUUUUCCGCGAGCUAAAUCUCAAGAGCUACGUUCAAAUCUAUGGAAAAACCGAGAUCGUCUUCAUAUCGGGAGGUCUCCACGAUUCACCGCCCAGGUUCACAUCAGUUGGGCGUCUAGGAGCGGGCCUGGAAGCCAUGGUGAGAGACACUGAAACGAAGAAACCACUCGGUCCAAUGCAGCAUGGUGAGCUCGUGAUUCGAGGACCCGGUCUUAUGCGAGGCUAUUUGGGAAUGGAAGACGAGCCAUGCACGGAUCCCGAAGGCUGGUACAGAACAGGUGACGAGUGUUACUUCGACCACGAAGGCUGGUUCUACCUCGAACAGCGACUGAAGAACGCGCCGAAAGAACUUCAGCUCGAAGGCGGUGUCACGCUCGUUGACUCGAUACCGCGCAACACGCUUGGGAAGUUGCGGUCGAGCGAGGCUCGCCGCUCCUUAGACAUUGCCUGUAGCGACUGGCUUGCGGUGGUGUCCAUUGCCUCCGAGGAGGCGUCGGACAGUCGCUCUAACGAGCGAUCCGUGCGCCUUCUGGGCUUCGUCUCAGAGGACGAAGCCUUCGGCGCAACUGUAGCCGAGGUCGACGAGGCCCCCACCGUCUGCCCUCUGCACUGGCUCAUGCCACUGCAUGUCGAGGCCUCUAGCGGGGCCGUGUUGAGUGGGGGCAGUGCAGCCUUGGCUGCUCCCGCCCUGGGGGCGAGUGACGGUCGCUCCAGCACGCUGCACGUACCUUGGGCGGCCGCCUGA